AUGGCGCUCCUAAUGACCCGGGCCUCCUCCGCCUCCUCACCCCUCCACAGCCUCACCCCUCCAUCGCCUCACCCCUCCACACCCUCACCCCUCCACAGCCUCACCCCUCAUUCUGCCCUCACCCCUCCACAGCUUCACCCCUCCAUCGCCUCACCCCUCCACAGCCUCACCCCUCCACAGCCUCACCCCUCCACAGCCUCACCCCACAUUCUGCCCUCACCCCUCCACAGCAUCACCCCACAUUCUGCCCUCACCCCUCCACAGCCUCACCCCACACUCUACCCUCACCCCUCCAGAGCCUCACUCCACACUCUACCCUCACCCCUCCACAGCCUCACCCCACAUUCUGCCCUCACCCCUCCACAGCCUCACCCCACAUUCUGCCCUCACCCCUCCAUCGCCUCACCCUACACUCUACCCUCACCCCACACUCUACCCUCACCCCUCCACAGCCUCACCCCACAUUCUGCCCUCACCCCUCCACAGCCUCACCCCACACUCUACCCUCACCCCUCCACAGCCUCACCCCACAUUCUGCCCUCACCCCUCCACAGCUUCACCCCUCCUAAGCCUCACCCCACAUUCUGCCCUCACCCCUCCACAGCCUCACCUCACAUUCUGCCCUCACCCCUCCAUCGCCUCACCCUACACUCUACCCUCACCCCUCCAGAGCCUCACCCCUCCACAGCCUCACCCCACAUUCUGCCCUCACCCCUCCACAGCUUCACCCCUCCUAAGCCUCACCCCAAAUUCAGCCCUCAUCCCUCCACAGCCUCACCCCACAUUCUGCCCUCACCCCUCCACAGCCUCACCCCACAUUCUGCCCUCACCCCUCCAUCGCCUCACCCUACACUCUACCCUCACCCCACACUCUACCCUCACCCCUCCACAGCCUCACCCCACAUUCUGCCCUCACCCCUCCACAGCCUCACCCCACACUCUACCCUCACCCCUCCACAGCCUCACCCCACAUUCUGCCCUCACCCCUCCACAGCUUCACCCCUCCUAAGCCUCACCCCACAUUCUGCCCUCACCCCUCCACAGCCUCACCCCACAUUCUGCCCUCACCCCUCCAUCGCCUCACCCUACACUCUACCCUCACCCCUCCAGAGCCUCACCCCUCCACAGCCUCACCCCACAUUCUGCCCUCACCCCUCCACAGCUUCACCCCUCCUAAGCCUCACCCCAAAUUCAGCCCUCAUCCCUCCACAGCCUCACCCUACACUCUACCCUCACCCCACCACAGCCUCACCCCACUCUCUACCCUCACUCCUCCACAGCCUCACCCCUCCACAGCCUCACCCUACACUCUACCCUUACCCCACCACAGCCUCACCCUACACUCUGCCCUCACCCCUCCACAGCCUCACCCCACACUCUGCCCUCACCCCUCCACAGCCUCACCCCACACUCGGCCCUCACCCCUCCACAGCCUCACCCCACACUCGGCCCUCACCCCUCCACAGCCUCACCCCACACUCGGCCCUCACUCCUCCACAGCCUCACCCCACAUUGUGCCCACACCCCAAUCCUGAAUUUCCCUCACCCGCCCCUCCCUCACCGUAA